AUGCUGAGGAUGGAGGAGGAGGUUUAUGGAGCUGGAUCACCUGCUGUGGCAAACCCUGAUGGGUGCAGCAAAAAUAAGAACUUUGAAAAGGAGGCAAGGACAUUGUCACGGUGUCCUUAUCAACUCUCUGCUUGGCAGGGUGGAGUGUCUGUGGAUUGCAUCACUGACUUGGAUGAUAACCAGUCUCGGCUCUUGGAGGCCCUCCAGCUGUCUCCCCCCAUAGAUGCAGCUGGAAAAAGGAAGAAGCGCCAUGACAAAAAGCUGAGCCUAAAUCCAAUUUACAGACAAGUUCCCAGAGUAGUGGACAUCUGCUGCCAGCACCUGGAAAAAUACGGACUUCAAACGGUGGGCAUUUUCCGUGUUGGCAGUUCCAAAAAGAGAGUACGGCAGCUUCGUGAGGAAUUUGAUAAAGGGUUGGAGGUACAUUUGGAUGAGGACCACAGCGUUCAUGACGUGGGAGCAUUGCUUAAAGAAUUCCUCAGAGACAUGCCUGAUCCGCUGCUGACCAGAGAACUGUACACAGCCUUCAUCAACACAACGUUGCUGGAUUAUUCAGACCAAGACAGCACCAUUCAGCUCCUGAUGUUUCUGCUUCCUCCCUGUAACAUAACAUAA